UGAUACUGUUAUUUUCUAAUAAUACUUCAUGUUCCAUGCUUGACUCGGCACCGGUCCUAUUUAUAUUUUAGUCUUUGCUAUUUAAAAGUCUAUUUUGUUUAUAUUUUACUUUUGAUGACAAUUUUUCAUUUGGCAGCUCAUACAUUAAAUUAGAGUGGAUAUUUUUUACGAGUUGUGUAAUCUGUUUUGUGAAAGAAUGCCAGAAAAAUCGUGGAUUAGUCAUUACAUCGUGUCGUGUGUCGGCAACUCGAGUUGCAAUCACUGCAAACUCGACGAGCCUCAUCCUCAGCAGGAUAUGAUUAACAAAUUCGUUCAUAAAACCGAUUCGCCAUCAAAUCCCAUAUCAUUAAAAAGUCCAAUCGCACCACAGAAUAUCGAUCACGAAAAAUAUCUAAGAAAGAAAAAACUUCUUGGUACUACUUUUGGAGAUCUCGAUAUUGUGCCGUCCGAUCCCAAUGUUGAUCCUGAACCUUAUGCAUGUUUCGUCUGUUGGAGUUUGUUACACACGACUAAGCAUUGCCAAGAGUCUGUGAAGCAUCUUUACUGCUGGAAUUGCGGCAGGAGGGAUGUUCAGGUGGAUAAAUGUCCGAGAUGUGCGAGAGCUUAUCGCAAGCAUCUUAAGAAAAUAUGCAAUGAGGGGGAAAAAUUACCGGAGGAAGAGAGUGCUGAUAGCUGUUUUAUACAAGAGCAUAAACAGUUUUCUGCGCUGAAAAAGGAAACGAAAUGGGAAUAUAAACUCAAAGAAAACGGAUGGAACGAGGGUGAGAAUACUCGCGAAAAUCUGAGUCUGGAUUCACACGAAAAAUGUAAAAUUAAGGAACAAGUCAAGUGCGAAGACCAACUGCGGAGCAAAGCCAAUGAGGCACUUCAAAACCCUUUUUCUACGAUUGCUUUAGGAGCCGGUGAUGCAGGACAGCAGAGCUUAAGUCUACCAUCAUCUCCUUUUGUGAAUCAAUGCAUUGACGACUAUUCAGACUCUGACAAUGAUUAUCGCAAUGUACAGUCGAACGAGUUGUUUACUCAUAUGAGGAACCAGAAAAUUCAAGAUCAACUUAAAAUUGAUCUUAUCAAAACUGAGUCGGCAUUGAAUUAUUUUAGCGAAUCGGAAUAUUAUUUUUUCGACGAACAGGAAGAGAAUUAUGAUGAUUAUAUUGUUGAUGAGGAUGAAAAAUCGGAAUCACUCUAUUCGGAAAAUUACGUGAUUCGAUUCUUUGUGGAUUUGUUGGGCGCUUUAAAGCAUAUGUCAUUUGACAUUCAAAAUUCUGCAGUUCUCAACUUUAUAUCUACGUAUAAAAAGCAAAUUUACAGGCAACAAGAGACAGAACAGAAAGAUAGCUCAUUUAUCUAAUUUCAUAAUAAGUUUUUUGAGAUUAUUAUUUUGACCGACGAUUAUAGUAUUAAUUUGAAAAAAUUUCUUUUUAAGAAGUUUUUUGGUUCCAGAUUGGUUUUUAAUUAAUGGUAGAUUUAGAAUACUAAAAAUAUUGAAAAAUCCUCAUGUUUAAAGGUUCUUAUAAAUAUCGUCUUAUUAAAAUUUAAUUAACGGAGUUGAAUAUUCCGAAAAAUUGAAAUUGAUAUUGACUAAAUUUUUUCUAUUUUGAAAUACUUAAUAAAAACUUUAAUUUUCUUUAUCUCAAAAUUAAAUACUAUUAUUACAAAUAUCGAGUUUGCCACAAUUUUCUGUAGAUUAGAGUUAACGAAGAUCAUUUUAGAGCUCAUAGGAGAAAAAUAAUACUCCGAUUCUUGGGAUCUACGUUUUUUUAAUAAGUUUUUUUUUCAUGUUUGAAAAGUUGCUUUUUAAAAAUUUUAUUAAAAACUAUAGCGCUUAUUCCAAAAUACAAAUUCUAGCGAAGGAAAUUAGUUCUCUCAAAAUGAAUUUCGUUUAUUUUAAGUCUGAGAAAAUACAUCAAACUAUAAUAAAUUAAAAAAGAUGUUUAAUCAGCGACUUUGCUGUGCAUAAAUUUGUGAUUUUAUAAUGUAUAACAAAAAAAUUAAACGUUUUAUUGAGUAAUUGAUGAGAAAAAUGUUUCAAGUCGAUAUCUUUAUUAGAACGAUUUUCACAUGAGAUUAAAUAAAAUUUUCAAUUUUCCUUGUUUAAUAUCUAGCCCCUUAAUAUUAACACUUGUUUUAUUGAAUGCCGUACUUGAAUAUUCUCUACAAAAGUAUUUAUAAAUCUUUUACUUUAUAAUGUAGAUGUAGAAAUAAAUUUGUGUGAUUUUUAUUUAAUAAUAAAAAGUCGUAUAUUAAGUUAAAAAUAAUUUGUGGUGCAAGUCUACAAUGACUACUCUUUUUAAAGUAAAAUUAAUAAAAAAUUUAGUAAGAUUGUGAUUUGAAAAAUAACAUUGUGUAAAAAAAUACU